UUCCCAUACACCUCGUCCCUACAUCUGUGUUGUUGACCAACAUCGAGGCUGCAUUUACAAAAAUUGUAUUGAGUUAUUUGCGACACAGAUCACCCCUUCACUGCUCUAUCAUAUUCGCAUGACCAGAAAAAGCAGCAACCAUGUCGAGUGAUUCGAGAGAAGAAGCGCGUGUCUUCAUUGACAAGUUGAGGGAAAACAAUGGUGGAAUAGCGAAAGCGGAUCGAGAAUUCCUCGCGCAAACCAAGCCUCACAUACUCACAACUUUUGAUAACAUACGGCGGAAGCUGGGUGCUUCGACACGAGCUUUAGCCGACAACCUCUACGCAAAAGACACUCGUUUCGUUUACGAAUUAAUCCAGAACGCUGAAGACAACAAAUACUCUAUUGCAAAUUCUUCUUCCGAGCUCCCUUGGCUCACUUUCCGGCUUUAUCAGGACCGGAUCGUGAUUGACUCCAACGAGGAUGGCUUCUCAAAAGCGAACAUCAUGGCCAUUUGCUCCAUUGGUGAGAGCACGAAAUCAUCAGCUCAAGGCUACAUUGGCGAGAAAGGGAUUGGCUUCAAAUCUGUUUUCAAGGUUGCACACAAAGUUCACGUCCAGUCUGGGCCAUACUCGUUUGCGUUUGAGCACCAGCGCGAUGGAAAUGACAAUGGGCUUGGAAUGGUCACACCCAUGAACGAAGAUUAUCUUGACGUUCCUGAUGGAGUACGGACUCGAAUAACCUUACAUCUUCUGGCGAGUUGUGACACAGCCGCGUUACGCAAGGAAUUUCUAGGACUCCCUGACACCUUGUUGUUGUUCCUCAAGAAACUGAAGCGGCUAUCAAUCCAUAUCACAUCCGGGGGAUUUUCUGAAACAGAACGAACCUAUUCGUUAUCUUCGUCCGAGAAUCGAGUGAGCCUUCACACGAGUCACAAGGCUCCUUUUAGUGGCUUGGUCUCCUCGACCAAAGACUACUGGAUCAGUAGACGUCAUGUCACGAACAUGCCGUCCGACCGCGACCGGAAGAAUAUUAAUGAAGCCGAAGUCAUCCUUGCAUUUCCUCUCGAUGGAAAUGAUCACCCUGUUAUCGAAACUCAGCACGCAUUUGCAUUUCUACCUAUGCGGAAGGUUGGCUAUAAGUUCCUCAUCCAAUCCGACUUCAUUACCCAGGCGAGCCGGGAGGACGUAUUUGAUACGCCCUGGAACAACCGCCUCCUUGAGGAAGUUGCCGAAACCUUUCUGCAAAGCAUCGAUGGAUUCCUACUUCAUCCAACUCUGCGACAUCACUGGAUAAGAUAUAUCCCAACCGACUCAGUUCCUGAUGACUUGUGGAACCGAAUCCAGAUCAAGCUUCACAAAGCGAUAUCGUCACGUAGCUUGUUCUUUUCGAGAGACAACGGCAGGCUGUGGCGCGCAAAUGAAUUACGUAUAUUGAUCCCGAGCAAUAAAGACGAGGACGGGGAGCCUCUGUUUCCAGAUCUUGCCUAUCCUGGGCCAACCGCAUACAUAUCGGACACAUAUGAUCGGGGAAUUGAUAUUCCUAUUUUGAAAAGCGUCGGUCUUUCACUUUUGUCUAUGCAAGAUCUCCUAGACAGACUUGCACAGGACCUUAAUCGCCUUAGCCCUCGGAUGCAUUCUAUGUCACCAUCCAAUCAAUGGCAUAGUCGAGUUGCAGAUCUUCUCAUUUCUUUUAUGCAGCAUUCUAAUCAUACCGAAUUCCUCAAGAAGCUCCCAAUCGUCCCUCUCAACAAUGGAAAAUGGGUCCGCCCGCGCAAUGCUAGUAUUUUCUUCCCAACGUCAGGAGGAAUUGAUAUCCCGGAUGGGCUGCCGAACUUGAACUUAGUUGAUACCGGCGCACUGCGUUCCCAAAGUCGAAGAACCCUAUUUUCGAAGCUCGGGGUUAUUGAGUGUGAACCAUCAAGAAUCUUUCCGCUCAUUGAGGAACGGCACCGGUCUGGUGGCACCACCCCUGCCCAGAGUGUCAGCUACAUUCGUUUCAUAUACUGGCACCACACCAAGUUACCCUCUAAAAACCUCGCGAUUUCUCUGGCGCCGAGUUUUGUCCUCAAUAAACAAUGGUUCAACCCCUUCUACUCUAGAAACGGUUGGACAUAUUGUCCUCGAUCUGAAGACCUUCAUGCAAUGUCCAGGUACAUAGGUUUUUUGAUGCCCGACCAACUGAAGGACCAAAUUCGGUUUACCUAUCCAGCAUAUUACGAUGAGCUUCAGAAAUGCGAGCGUCGAAAUGAUAAGGCCGGCGUCGACUGGUUUCGGGAAUAUUUCCAGAUCAAGCAUACGCCUCAGCUUUGCCGCAGGGACAAUAUGCAACAGAUUUCUUCCGAGGUUGAGUACAUUGCCAAGCAUCAAUCACAGUCCCUCCUUGGGGUGUUGCAAGCAAAUUGGCAUCAAUACUGUUCCGAAUGGGAUGCGUACUUCAAAUCUACCGAACUUCCGAUCCUUCAUUCAGAUAAACUACAACGUCUUGACACAACGUAUCUUCCUUUGCCGAAACUUAAGUCUAUUGUAAGUCGUCUUGGUCUGGAAGAAGGCUUUGGUUUCCUCAAAGAGCUUGAGGACAUCGCAGAGCAUACGGCUAGCAAAUGGGCAUUCUUGGACCGAUUUGGCGUCGUGAUGGAGGAGAACGUGUCUUUUUGGUUGGAACUAUUGAAAAAGGCCCAGACCAAUCCCGAAACCAAGAUUGAAGUCGUCUUUGAGAUAUACGCCAAUUUGCAGAAAUAUGUCGAUCCAGAAAGCAGAAAGAUUAAGAACGUUUUUGAAGGAAACCUCGUCCUGAUACCGCCGGUUGAUUCGGAGAGCCAUGGGUCCUGGAAUAGUCUCGACUCAUGUGUGUGGGAUGGUCCGGAGUGGUUUACAUUCAAACACCGCCUUGGGGCCAUCACGCAGUACCAAGAUCUUUAUAGUCUCUUCAGGAACACGCUACGUGUUAGUAACGCCGGAUGUGAUGAUUUCCUGGCCUACCUACAGGAUAUCAAAGAUUCAGAAACGAACAUUACAUCGAGCGUUGAGGCGAAGAUUAGGCAUCUCUAUGAACAAUUGAACGAAGAGACCAAGGCAGCAUGGAUUUUGUCGCCAAAAGAAAAAAUCAAAUCCAUGUUUGAUGAAAAUAAACUGAUAUACAACCCCGGAAGUCAGUCUUGGUGUGGCCCUUCCUCUUGUAUCUGGGCCGAAGACACAAUCCAACUACCCGGAAAAUUCUCCCUUGCCACAACGUACAAAAAACAAAAGUCGUUCUUCCUUAGCAUUCUUGAUGUCACCAAGCCCAACUUAGAGAUGCAUAUACUUGCAUUGAUGCAGAAAGCUGUAGUUCCGGACAAGCGGAGCAUUAUGCAGGAGAUGCUGAACAUCUGUGCCUUCGACGUAACGCCUCAAGCAGUAGAGAAACUCUCCGACUGCAAAUGCUUACCAGUCAAGCUACCUUCUGGGGAAAUUCAAUGGCUACACCGAUCUGGAACUUUUGCUAUUGUGGACCGCCGCGAUUAUGGCCAAAUCUUCACCGGCCGAAUCAAGGUACUGGAUUUCUCACUGGAAGAGGUUCAUUCCUUGAGACCACUCCUAUUUACGUUAGGCCUUGGCGGACAAUACCUGUCCAAAGCGGUCCGGGAAGAGACUACCGUCGAAGGUGGCUCUAUUGAUGAACAUCUCACGGAAGACCUGAGAAGGAAGUCGUACGCAAUUUGCCGAUACGCUGCUCAUCUAGGAAGUAAGAAAGUCAAAAACAAUGCAUUAGCCGUGCAUCGUACUCUACAGAAUAUGGACGUCUAUGUUAGUGAUGGAAUCUCCAAGUCUGUCUCAGUUCGGCAAAACGGCAGAAGCGUGACAAUCCCGCAAGAAAGCGCAUACUUCCAUCUCGAUCAGCAGGACGACAAACUCAAACUCUACAUCCCACAAAGCAAGAAGCACCAACAAGUAUGCUUAUCGAGACAGCUCCCGAUUACCCUUCUCAAGCACUUUGGCGUCACAAGCGCCUUAUCUGGGCAGGCGCUCGGGUCUAUUAUGACAGCUUUGAACCUCUUCGUGGUAGACGAAAUCCUGGAGGAAGACGGUAUCAUUGAAAUAGAAGGAAUCGAGAGGCCAGAAGACGACAGGGAAUUGGAGGCAAGCGACUCCGAGACUACAAGAAUCCCAGCAAGUACUUCACAGAUGAGAGCCUCUCCCUUCAGAUCAACGGACCCUGAGACCUCAAAUAUCCCAGUGAUCACUUCACAGGCGGGAAGUCCUGGCCAGAGUGCUAGAGUUCUCACACCUAGUACUCCGCCCCCGCGAACAGGUAUCAGUCCGGACUUAUUCCUCUCGCCUGGUAUAUCAACACCUGGUACAUCAACAUUCGAUGGAUUACCCAGUUCUCCGGAACGGCCGCACCUCUACCGAGAAUUGCUAGAUGCAGUGAUUCGGCAAGCGGAAGGUCUUUCCAACCUACCGAUGAAAGGACGCACAAUUGAAGCGCCCAUGGCUGCGAACUGGGGAUUCGAUACGUUGUCUGCUGUUAGUUCGCACAUACCUGGUGAAAAGGAGUUCAAGAUUGGAGCUGCCGGUGAGCUAUUCGUUUACGAAUUGUUGAAAGGUCUUACGCUCCCUGGAUUUACCCUCGCAAACUGGCAAAGUACGAUAAGUUACCGCGUUGCUGUCCAUGAGCGCUACCGUGACCUCGAGCGAUGGCUCGGGUCGGAGACGGCGGAUAUUGUCUACGAAGACCAGAACAGCUUCCUGACAGAACUACUGAUUGAAAGGGGAUAUCUGGAAAACGCCAUUUGGGGGGGCCACUCGCCACGAUAUUACAUCGAGGUGAAGACGACCAUAGGAUCCCUAGAAACGCCGUUCUACUGUAGCCAGUUGCAGUACGACCGGAUGGAGCGCAUGCAAUUGAAUGGUGCAGCGAACGAAGUCUAUUUGAUCGUAAGAGUCUUUUCGCUGGGUGACUCUGGAAUGGGUUUGAAGGUGUAUAUGGACCCGGCUACGCUUCGGAGGGAUCGUGGACUGAUCUUCAAAACGGACAAGUACUCUGUUACGCCUGGAUAUGGCAGAUAGAGCAAGCUCAGUUGUUUUAGGAUUUAUGUUGGACGAUGUUA